AUGAGUCACUCACUGUGGAAAUAUUACUGGGAAAACGAUGUCGAACGGUUUCGGCGUCUGCUGGCCCCAGCCAGCUACAAUGCUCAGUCUGUCUCAAAGAGUCCUGCGGUAGGAGGAUCAGGUAGCUUUUUUGGAGGAAGCCCUGGUAUUCCUGGGACUUCUCCACGACCUGCAGCGAAGCAACGACGCACAUCCGGACAUCCGCAGACACCAGGCAAAUCAAGGGAUAAUAAUACGCAUCUCGGACGAACCGAAGUCAACAGCCGCGAUCAUGCUGGACUCACAGUCCUUCUCCGUGCCGCCUCGUCUACCGACCCAAACGCCUAUGAAUUUGUCCGAGCCCUUGUCGAACACCCCGCGAUCGACCUAUAUGUCCAAGAUCCUGAGAGUGGCUGGAACGCCCUCCAUCGAUCUCUAUAUGCUGGAAACAUUUCGAUAGCACGCUUGUUGUUGGAAAAGGAGCGAGUAGAUUUGACAAGCCAUAAUUUGAAUGCUGUCAACAAAGUAGGUCUUUUAAUCAAGACCAAGGAUCAUGAGGGCAACAGUCCUUUCGAUGUUUACAACUCGACCAUCGCUGCAAGGUCGUUGAAGAGCAUGGAAGAUGGAAACAGCUCGGAUAGCGAUGCUGAAAGUAUCGACAGCGGAGGUGAUGAUUUCCAUCAUAUGGUAAAAGCUUCGCAUGGGUUGAGAAAAUCGAUCGAUGGCGAUGAGCUUUUUGUUUUCGGUAGCAACAAGAACCGGUCUCUUGGAGUUGGAGAUGAAGAUGAUCGUCAGUAUCCUGACCGGGUUUAUCUCUCCAGGCCCGACCUUCUUGUGCACCGAUUCUAUCAUUCUCAUUUGGAAGAACAGGAUGUUGAGGCGCCAUCUUCUCUAAAUCUGGAUGAGAUACCAACCUUGGUCAGGAACCGUCCCAUUGUCAUUCAAGAUGUGUGCAUGUCCAAGCUGCAUAGCGCCAUUUUGACCACAGAUCCAGUAUCAAAUCUGUACAUCUGCGGUGUUGGCCGUGGAGGACGACUUGGAUUAGGAGAUGAGAACACACAGUUUAAGUUUGUUCCUGUUCAAGGCCCGUUUCUGGAUAAGAAAAUCCACCAAGUGGCACUGGGCCAGAAUCAUACAAUGGCCGUCGCUGACAAUGGAGAACUCUGGACAUGGGGUCUCAACUCUGCUUCACAGCUUGGAUAUGCUCUGCCCGCCCCGCUGAAGGCAGAUGAGGAGCCCAUGAGCCUUACCCCUCGCCAAGUCUUUGGGUCUCUCAAGAAGGAAAUUGUUCUGGGGGUUGCUGCCUCUGCAAACCAUUCAGUCGCUCACACAGGAGCCUCUUUGUUUACUUGGGGUCGGAACGUAGGACAGCUUGCUCUGAUGGACGCCGAUUCAAGAUCUCUCGAUAUCCAGCAUACCCCCCGGAAAGUUGCUGCUUCGCUUUUGGCAGCCCCAAUUGAGAUGGUAUCUGCUAUUGACAAAGCUACGAUAUGUCUACUGUCUAAUCAUACCGUAUGGGUCUUUAGCCACUAUGGUUAUAACCUGGUCAAAUUCCCGUUCCCCGAUGUCUUUUCAAACAACAUCACCAUGACACGCUACGAGUCCGGAGGUCGAAGGGAGAUCAACUUUAUUACUGCAGGUGGCGAAACAAUAGCAGCGGUGACUGCUCGCGGAGACCUUUUUACACUACACCUCAACGACAAGGGAGACUUGAGCCAAUCUGCUGCUUCCACCACCAACCCCGUCAAGAUUAAGAACGCGCUGACCCAGCCGCAAUGUAUCUGGGAUUCCCGCAAGGACGGUGUUGCCUCUGUUGGAGUCGGAGAAGAUGGUUCAGUCAUCAUCUGUACAGAGUCAGGGGCUGUAUGGAACCGAGUUAAACGCACCAAAGGCAAGCUGACUGGAUUUGCUGGAUCGAACGGUAUAAAACGCAAAGAUGUCAAGUUCCAGCGAGUGCCAUACAUUACCAACUGUGUGGCUGUUCGAAGUUCCAUUUUUGGUGCCUUUGCAGCCAUCAGAAAGGACAGUAAGGUCAUGGCACAGGAGAUUGAGAUUGGCGCCAAGUCACUUCGCGACGAUAUCGGUUCCUUACUUUGCCUGAACGACUUCGAGGCCUCGCAACACCAGAAGCCUCGCAAAGUGUGGGAAGCAGCUAUAACCAGAGAAAGACGUGAUCCUGUCACAUAUGAAAUUCUCCGGUCAGCCGAUAUUGAGACAGACUUGCGACGUUGGCUGGACAUGAGUUCCUUCCAGUACGACGACAUGAAUAUGGCAAUCUGUUCCUCGUCUUUGCCUGAUAUGAAAAUACCGGUUCACAGUUGGGUUCUUGCAGGGAGAAGCUCGGUUCUGCGGCAUGGACUUACGGAACUGCGUGACAGAGGGUCAACGUUCAGCACAGACACAUUCCGCAUCGAGCUUGUUGGAGAGAAGCCCUUAUUGACACUCUUCGACGUUGACAUCUACACUGUUCUCAAUGUUGUGGUUCAUGCCUACCAGGACAAGUUUGUCCCUGUAUGGAAAUACACACGCGAAGCACCUCCACUUGCGUUCCGAUUUCGACAUGUUCGGACAGAAUUGAUGAAAGUCGCCACUUAUCUUGCUUUGCCCAGAUUGGAAGCAGCAGUUCGCUUGCAGACCGGUGUCGAGGACUCUCUCGAUGAUGAUUUCAAACAAGCAAUAUCCGACCCUUCAUUCUUUGACGAUGCCGACAUCAUUAUUGAGCUAGAUGGAGAAGACAUCAUGGCUCACAGUCAGCUAUUGUGUCAACGGUGCCCCUUUUUCGAGGGUAUGUUCAAUGGGCGAUCUCAAGGCCAAUGGCUCGCUGAACGCCGCGAUGGCAUGGAUGCUGCGGAAAGAAUCAGGGUUGAUCUUAAUCAUGUCGACCCUGAAACAUUCCACUAUGUCAUGUCCUUCAUCUAUGCAGAUGUUGGGCAAGAGCUUUUUGACAAUGUCGCGAUGUCCAACGUGGAUGAGCUCUCAGAGCUAGUUCUUGAUGUGAUGGGCGUUGCAAACGAGCUGAUGCUUGACAGGCUAUCUCAAAUCUGUCAAGCGCUCAUCGGCAAGUUUGUCACAACAAGAAAUAUUUCGAAUCUGCUCAACGAGAUUAGUCAAUGUUCCAUCACAGAAUUCAAGGAUACCGGUCUCGAAUACAUCUGUCUCCAGCUGGAGUCAAUGCUUGAAAAUCAUCUUCUUGAUGAUUUGGACGAGGAUCUACUGAUUGAGCUCGAUAACGUGGUUCGUGACAACCAACUUGCGCGAUUCCCAUUUGUGCGCAGCGGAAGGGCAGAGCUCUUGCUUCAUGAAAGUAACCCUGAGUUGGCUGCUGAUAUUGAUGAAGAGCGUCAGGCUAGAAUCAAAGAGAUGGCUUACAAAACAACUCAAAGAGACGAGGAAAAGAAGCUAUCGUCGUCUUUCAAGACGCGAAUUGGAAGCUUGGAUGAAGCCAGCCCCUUGCAAACUCCGGAUACAAUUAGGCGCAAGUCCAGAGGUGGGCGCAACGAGCCGUUUAGUCCUAGUCUACGGCCGAAGCAGUCACAGGCAGACAUGAUCUUUGACAUGGAAGACGAGUAUGGCUCUCUCUCUGCCAAACCUCGGUCGCCUACAAAUGAAGCUGCAAAACUUCGUUCGCCCCCAGAUACAGACGAUAUUCCUCAGCUUCCCAAAACAUGGCGGGAGUCAAAGGGCAAGGAGCAUACAGGUUCCGCGCAUAGCCCAGCUCCCCUCUCUUUCUCUUUGUCUCCAGACUCUCAACCAUCAGAACUGGGCAGUUUGAAAACACCAGGAGGUCGACCAUUCAAGCCUGGAGUGCCUUGGUCUUCCUCCAGGUUGGCCACUUCCAAAUUAGAUCUAAAAGACAUCAUGUCAGAGGCGACUUCCACGUCCGCGUUGACUGCCGGGCUCCAAGCCCAGAAGAUACAGGAUGCAGCCGCAAACAAACCCCAGACUAGGGUGUCUCAAAAGGAACGAAAGAGGCAGCUUCAGGCACUGGCGGCGGCGGAAGCUGCGGCGAAGGAUGGGUCGACAAGCCAUGUACCCUGGGAAACGGUCCCAGAAGGUGGACGACCAGCUCCUUGGAAAGCGGCAAGCUCUGGACCCAAGACGUCUCUCAAGGAGGCCAUGUAUGAUGAAUCAAAUAUGCCCAAAGGAGUAUCUGCCAACGCGAAACCUCUUGUCGCUUCAGAAACGAAGUCAAAAUCGGCAACAAGGCGCACUGCGUCACCCGACACAAGGUUUCCGGGACAGGGUCGAACCAACAGCUCCCCCGCAAUUGUUGCAGGACCCUCGACAGAGCUGCCUAGAAAACCGCUGGUACCACACUCCAAGUCGUACAUUACACCAGCACCCAAGGCGGAGGCAACGCUCGGGUUCAGCAUGUCCGAUAUUAUUGGUCAGCAGCAGCGCGAGCAGGAAGCCGUCAAGGAAGCCGUUGCGAAGCGGUCACUACAAGAGAUCCAGGAAGAGCAAGCGUUCCAAGAAUGGUGGGACCAGGAAAGUCGCAGAACACAAGAGGAGGAGGCACGACGGAAGCAAAAAGAUGCUCGAGAAAAAGACAACAAGGCAUCAAAAAGGGGUCGACGAGGACGAGGUGGCAAGGCUAAGAGCACCGGUGAAGUGGUCGCGAACCCCGGACAGAGCAGCGCAAGCGGAGCCAAGGGCGGCGUGGCUGCUGGCCCAAACACUAACAGUCGGGGGUCCAGCGGAGGACGAGGUGGAGGUGGAGUUGGAGGCAGUCGUGGCAGAGGAGGGAAAGGACGUGGCAAUAAGUCUCAGGCUGCAUGA